UUACGUUCUUACGAUGAUUGAUGUGUUUUCGCGGUAUGUUUGGGUUAUUCCACUUUAUGACAAAGGAGGUGAUACGAUCCAUUGGGAAUUGGUAAAAAUUUUUACAAUCGUUGGUCCACCUAAUAAACUUCAAGUUGACAAUGAGUCAGAAUUCAUAACCGACACGCAACUUAUUCACGACCAUAUGCGUCACUCUCAGAGCCAGGGCAAAAUUGAAAGAUUCAACCAAAUGCUUGGAUAUCGGUGGAUCGACAUCCUUCAAAUAUUUGUAAUUGCCUACAACAAGACACCUCACAGCGCGCACGAUAAAUCACCCUAUGAAGCCUUUUUUGGUUUCAAAAUACGAGAUGUUUAUAGUACUCCGGGUGAAACGGUUGUCGAAGAAAAUGUUCAAGUCCAAGCCGAGGAGAACCAGAAUGACCAACAAGCCCAAGCCGAGAGGGACCAAUUUGAAAACUAUAACCACCAAGGCCAGGCCGAAAACAAAAUGAUCGAGAAGGAUAACGGCCAA